AUGUCGCACACAAAGUCGGGCUCAACGUCCCCAGAUCUCGAAGACGAGAAAAUCCCCGACCCCGUUCACCAGGAGGAUGUUCCUGCCAUUGUCACUAUCGAAAAUUUUCGGGUUCUGGGACUGAGUCCGCAGGAUGAAGAGUUCUACCUCAAUUAUUCACCUGAGAAGCGGAAGAGAACCAUGCGCAAGGUUGAUGUUCGUCUCAUCCCCAUGCUGGCAACACUUUAUCUGGUGGCCCACCUUGACCGGUCAAAUAUUGGCAAUGCGAAGAUUGAAGGGUUGACGGAGGAUCUGAACAUGAAUGGGCUGCAGUGGAAUCUAGCAUUGAGCAUUUUCUUCAUUCCAUAUGUUCUGUUCGAGGUGCCUAGCAAUAUUGUUCUCAAAAAGUUCAAGAGGCCUUCGGUAUAUCUGGGUAUCUUGAUUGUGUCGUGGGGAAUUAUCAUGACUCUUACCGGCGUCGUGAAGGACUUUGCGGGAUUGGUUGUCACCCGCGUGUUCCUCGGAUUCUUCGAGGCUGGGUUCUUCCCCGGCGCGGUGUACCUAUGCACCCAGUGGUACAUGCCAAAAGAUCUAUCCACUCGACUGGCCUUCUUCUACUGUGCUAGUGCCCUUUCGGGUGCGUUCUCCGGUCUCCUAGCUGCCGCGAUCGCCCAAAUGGACGGAGUCGGUGGGCACGAGGGGUGGAGAUGGAUUUUCAUUCUGGAGGGUAUAGCCACCGUUGUUCUCGGCGGUGCAUGCUUCUUCCUGCUGAUCGACUCCCCGCGGCUGUCGGGCCGAUGGUUGGAUCCCGACGAGAUAAGAUACCUCGAACUGCAACUCUUCAUCAAAGAAGGCGGGAACCUCAGAGACGAGCAGGAUGCCCAGAAGAAGCCCCAAAUAUGGAAGGACCUUGUUGCGGUUCUAAUGAACUGGAGGCUCUAUGCUCUUUCAUACGUUCUUCUGUGCCAGGCGGCAGUUGCUUAUGGAAACAAGUUCACGCUCCCGAGCAUCACGAAAGCCAUGGGAUACACAAACACGAACGCGCAGCUGAUGACCGUCCCGCCCUACAUUGCAGGCGCUAUCUCGGCUGUCGCAUUUGCGCGUCUGUCUGACAAGUUCUACUGGCGGAUGCCGUUUAUCGCGAUCCCGCUCGUAAUGGUGACUGUGGCUUAUAGCAUCAUUGUUUCGCUCCAUGGACAGUUAGAGCAGAAUGUCGGAGCCGCGUUAUUUGCUGUCAUUCUCGCCUGUGCUGGUUUCUAUCCGAUACAUCCGGCCACCACGUCGUGGAUCUCGAAUAACCUGACGCCGUCGAAUCGCCGCGCGAUCGGCUCGGCUUUCUGCAUUUGCAUUGGCAACAUUGGUGGUAUUAUUGGGAGCUACAUGUAUCUCGAAGAAGAGAGCCCGGAGUAUUAUACUGGCUUCGGGCUUUCUUUAGCUUUGGGUGGGACCGGAUUGAUUCUUGUCAUUCUCUUGGAGCUGUCAUUCUUCAUGGGGAAUAAGAAGAAGGGGAAGGUUUCUGAGCAGGAGGUCAGGGAGAAGUAUACCGAUCAUCAGUUAUUGGAGAUGGGGGAGAAGUCGCCUCUAUUCAAGUAUACUCUUUGA